UGUGUCUGUGUGUGUGUGUGGAGCUUGGGUGCGGAGCGCGAGCCGUCAGUGCCCCGGUACGAGUUCCCCCGCGGUCUUCCACACCCUCCGUCGGUCCCCGCUCCUUGCCCCACGACCCUCCAGUGCCUCCACGGUCGCAAAACGAGCGAGAGCAUUGGGGAGCAGGUGUGGGGGGCGGGAGGGGUCGCAGCAGACAAAAGGGGCGCGGAGGUCAGCCCGCCAUGGCCUCCCGGAGCCUGGGGGGCCUGAGCGGGAGCCGCGGCGGGGGCGGCGGCGGCAAGAAGAGCCUGAGCGCCCGCAAUGCUGCGGUGGAGAGGAGGAACCUCAUCACGGUGUGCAGGUUUUCUGUGAAGACCCUCAUUGAUCGGUCCUGCUUUGAGACAAUUGAUGAUUCUUCUCCUGAAUUUAACAAUUUUGCAGCUAUUUUGGAACAGAUUCUAAGUCACCGGCUAAAAGAGAUAUCCCAAAGUUGCAGAUGGCUGGCUCAUCUCCAAAUACCUCUUCAAGGUCAAGUAACCUGGUUUGGUUAUGAAAGUCCUCGUAGCUUCUGGGACUAUAUCAGAGUGGCUUGCCGGAAAGUUUCACAGAAUUGUAUCUGCAGCAUUGAAAAUAUGGAAAAUGUCAGUUCCUCUAGAGCUAAGGGUAGAGCCUGGAUCAGAGUAGCACUCAUGGAAAAACAUUUAUCUGAAUACAUCUCUACAGCUCUGAGAGACUUCAAAACAACCAGGCGAUUUUAUGAAGAUGGAGCAAUUGUCUUGGGUGAGGAAGCAAAUAUGCUUGCUGGCAUGCUGCUUGGACUAAAUGCUAUUGAUUUCAGCUUCUGCCUCAAGGGAGAAGGAUUGGAUGGAAACUUUCCUGCCGUAAUAGACUACACACCAUAUUUGAAGUUUACCCAAAGUUCUGACAGCAUCAGCAGUGACGAGGAAGAGCUGAGAACUUUGGGAAGCAGUGGUAGUGAAAGCAGCACUCCAGAGAAUGUCGGGCCUCCUUUCAUCAUGGAUGAGAAUAGUUGGUUCAACAAGUGUAAGAGAGUUAAACAAAAGUAUCAGCUAACCCUGGAACAGAAGGGUUAUCUUGAAGAACUCUUACGACUUCGAGAGAACCAGCUGUCUGAGUCUGUCUCCCAGAAUAAAAUACUACUUCAAAGGAUUGAAGAUUCUGACCUGGCCCAUAAAUUGGAAAAGGAACAAUUAGAAUAUAUAAUUGUGGAGCUUCAAGAUCAGCUGACUGUGCUAAAGAAUAAUGAUUUAAGAUCAAGACAAGAGUUAACUGCCCACCUCACCAACCAGUGGCCUUCCCCAGGAGCUCUGGAUGUCAAUGCUGUUGCCUUGGAUACGUUGCUUUACCGAAAACACAAUAAACAGUGGUAUGAUAUUUUUGGAGCAGAACUCCCUGAAGUAAUGAGGCUUCAAAAAUCUUCUACAGCGGGGCGCCUGGUGUUGUUAGAAGAAGACAAUACGUGUGACCUCGAGAGCUCCACAAACAGUGAUAUCUGGAUUCCAAGACGGCUGAAACCAGGGCCCUUCCCAGGCUGA